UGUAAUUUCCAUUACCAUAAAUAUAUGGGGCAACAUUGGUGGAAGAACUGCUCUGCCCUUCCAUAUUUUUUGUUUGUUUUCAACAGCACCAAAACCCCAUUGUUAAAUAACAGAGUUGGAAACAUAAUCUGAAUUUUUUGAAUUAGACGUUAGUUAAAUCAUUUCACCCAGACAAAGCAAAACUAUGUCUACGAAGUUUUUUGGUUUUUAAUGUUCCCCUAAAACCAAAGACUGCAAAUUCUAUUUGCACUUGGAAGCAAGAGAACGUAUCCUGUUUUUUUUGGGAUAACUUUUACUUGAAUUAUGCUCGGAUGCUCAGACCAAAUUGCUUAUUUUUUAUGCCAUGCCCAUUUUUUUCUCAGCAUUGGCAAUUCCACCCCAAGAAAAGUAAAUUAUAGAACAGGAAUUCUUUAAUAAGGGUUAUGGAAGCAGUUGACUUACUUUGCGUGGGGUGCAAGUGGAUUUGGCUGAGUAUAUAUAGCACAGUUCAUAUCUUUAUAUCAGCAUCUGCAUACUAAGUCAGACUUCUAAAAAUUCCCAGUCAAAUUGUCUCAUUCAUUUGCAGUACCUGAAUAUCAGGUCUGGACAUUGAAGGCAAGGCCAACAGUAUGGAGGAAUUGGAAGCUAAUUGUAUGCAAAUGGCUCCGGUACUUGAAAGUGAAGGAGACAACAAUCGGUUGCAAGAAGUUGGUGGGCUUAUAAAGGAUGUUGCUGCUGAAGAGCUAAAUCUAAAAGCCAGAAUUGAAGAGGCUGAGAAGCUGCUUGCAAAGAUCAGGCAAGAUAAGCUUGAGCUGGCUGAAGACAUAGCGCAAAGGAUGUGUGAUCGGAGAUGUACCCUUCUUCCUCAGUUGGACUGCUUGAUUAGUUAUGGAAGGGGACUCAAAUACUGCUUGACCCUGGAGAGGGAGAAAAUGAAUAUAUUGCAACUAUUUCUGCUUCGUUUCACAGACAAAGCUAACCAAAGAAAACCAAUUCAGCCCUGCUUGCCAGGAGAAGAGAUAUCUAAACGUAAAUUGAAUUUUAGGAUGGGACACGGAACCAAAAGUUUGGCUAAGGAAAAACAGCUUCUGAAACAGAUCAAUGUGAGCCAGAAGGAGGGUGUUAGUUUAUUUUCCUCACUUGAAGAGGAAUAUCAUAUGCUUCCUGAAUAUUAUUCGUGGCGGCAUUACGAGAGAUGGUAUCAGACCAAUCAGAGAAAUAUAGUUCAAUACCGCCUAAGACAAAUCCAACAACUUAAAUCGCAGAGGGAAAGUUUGGCAGUUCUAUUGCAAGGGCAAUGGGAUGAAGCUAUUGCUAAUGCUAGUGGGAAUGCUAAUGCUAAUGCCAAUUCUGCUGCCAAUGCUGCUGCCAAUGCUAUUGCCAAGGGAAAGAUUUGGGAUUCUUUGGGUUCAAAAAAGUCCUUACUGGAACAAAUCAAAGUUACUUGUAAGGCGAUAGAUGGAUUAACUAAAUUACUGUUGGCUGUGCGGCCAAAAAUUAACCAAGUUGAGAAUGAAUUGAAGGUCGCUGAGAAAGAUAUAGAGACCUUGCAGAAAAAACUACCAUGGAUUGAUCAGAAGAAAGAUGAAGCACACCAAUGCAUUCACAAACUGAAAAAACAACAGAGUGAGGAGAUAUGAUGAGUUAGUUUAGUUAAACACAGUUGGGUGUGUUUAACAAGACUUGGCCACUUGGCAGUCAGUCAGCAAGUCCUUGCAAGUUGAGGAACUCCACCCACCAAAUACCAAACCACAUAUUCAUUACCACAAGAAGAAAAUGUGAUGGCAAUUAGCUCUUUCGUCAAAGCAACAGGGAGAUGCCAAUCCGCUCACCUUUUUUAUGAAAAAUUAUUAUGUGUUCGUAGGACCACGGGACAUCCAAAUUAUUGAUAUGCAUUAAUGUAAAAUCAUUCUAGUGUAUUGAAA